CGGGUCACGUGGCCGCGUCCCCCGGCAGGGCCCGCGGUGGCGCGCGCAGGUGAGCGGCGGAACCGGAACCGGAACCGGGGCAGGAACCGGGGCCGCGGCCCGGAGGGGGUGCGGGGGACCCGCCCCUGACACGCCCCCGACCCGCCCGCUGCGCUCCGCUGAGGUCCGGCCCGGUGCCGGUGCUCAGGUGCCCGGUCCGUCCCGUCCCGUACAGGUGCUCCGCCGACCCGGUCCGGCCCGUGCCGUUCGGGACCGACCUUCCCAAGGUGUCCGCCCUGUCCCGCAACCCCUGUAGCCUGCCUCGGUGCGGUCCCCACGCACAGCCCUGUCCGGUCUCCGCGCUCCGCUCCAUCCUGCGGGGCUCUCCCGGUGCCCCUUUCCCGGUUCCCUGCCCGUUCUCCCGGUCCCCCACACUCCGCUUCGGUUCCUGAUCUCCGCGGCCGUGCCACCCCUGUCCGUGCCCCCGUACCCGCCUCCCCCGCCCGUCCCCGGUGUCCGCGGGUCCCCCUCCCCGCGGACGGGACGUGGCACUGGGCUGCACCGGGCUCCUAACCGGGACGUAGCCGGGGGUGGGUCAGCGCCGGUCUCGCUCCACCCCCGCCCGCCCUCGCAGCUCCGCUGUCCCCGCCAUGGCCGGCUCCGGAGCCCCGGGUCCCCUGCCCGGGCCGAGCGGCCCCGGCUCGGCGCUGGAGGAGGAGGAGGAGGAGGAGGAGGAGGAUGAAGAGCCGUCCCUGGGCUGCGACGGCGACCUGGAGGUGAACCCCUACGACGGGCUGCCCUUCUCCUCCCGGUACUACGAGCUGCUGCGGCAGCGCCGGGAGCUGCCGGUCUGGGCCGCCAAGUACAGCUUCAUGGAGCACCUGGAGAGCAGCAGCGGCGGCAUCGUGCUGGUCUCCGGGCCCCCCGGCACCGGCAAGAGCACGCAGAUCCCUCAGUGGUGCGCCGAGUACGCCCUGUCCAUGUCGUUCGCCCACGGGCUGGUGGCCUGCACCCAGCCCCACAGCCUGGCCGCCCUCAGCCUCUCCCUGCGCGUGGCCGACGAGAUGGACCUGAACCUGGGCCACGAGGUGGGCUACUGCGUGCCCCAGGAGGACUGCUGCACCGCCGACACCAUCCUCAGGUUCUGCUCGGACGAGAUGCUGCUGCGGGAGAUGACGUCGGAGCCGCUGCUGCGGCAGUACGGGGUGGUGGUGCUGGACGAGGCGCAGGAGCGCACGGUGCCCACGGACGCGCUGCUGGGGCUGCUCAAGGACGUGCUGCGCCAGCGCCCGGCCCUGCGCCUCGUGGUGCUCACCUCGCCCGCCCUGGAGCCGCGGCUGCGCGCCUUCUGCGGCGACCCGCCCGUGGUGAGGGUGCCCGGGCACGGCUCCCCGCCGCAGCUGCUCUACCGGGAGCCGCCGGCCCACGGGAGCGUGGCCGCUGCUUGUCAGGCCGUGCUGGACAUCCACCGGCGCCAGGAGCCCGGCCACGUCCUGGUCUUCCUGGCCAGCGAGCAGGAGAUCUCCGAGUGCUGCGCUGCCAUCCAGACGGAGGCCGUGGCGCUGAGCCCGGCGCUGGGCCCGCUGCUGGUGCUGCCUCUGCACCCCGGGGUGGGCCGGGCCGCACAGAGACUCUACGAGACGCCCGAGGAGAGCCGGGAGCGGCGCGUCAUUGUCACCCACUGGCUCGGGGACUCGUCCUUCUCGCUGGGCACCGUGCGCUUCGUCAUCGACUCGGGGCUGGAGCUGCGCAGCGUGUACAACCCUCGCAUCCGCGCCGAGUCGCAGGUGCUGCGGCCCAUCAGCCGGAGCCAGGCCGAGUCACGCAUGCAGCGAGCUGCUGGCAGCCCCCCAGGCACCUGCCUGCGCCUGUACUCGGAGGCCUUUGAGCAGCGCCUGCCCCCCAGCCCCGCGCCCCACGUCGGCGAGACCAGCCUGAGCCGCCUCGUGCUGCUGCUGAAGCGCCUGGACAUCGCCGACAUGGGCCAGUGUGACUUCCUCGACCGCCCAGCCCCCGAGUCGCUGAUGCAGGCGCUGGAGGACCUGGACUACCUGGCAGCCCUGGAUGAUGACGGGAAUCUGUCGGAGGUGGGGAUCAUCAUGUCGGAGUUCCCACUGGACCCGCAGCUGGCCAAGGCGCUCAUCGCCUCCUGCGAGUUCGACUGCGUGGAGGAGAUGGUCAGCCUGGCUGCCAUGCUCACAGCACCCCCCUGCUUCGUGCCCCUGUCCACGCACCUGGAGGAGGCCGUGGCCCUGCGCCGGCGGGCGCUGCUGCACCCCAACGGGGACCACUUCACCCUCAUCAACAUCUUCAAUGCCUUCCAGCAGCACGCGGGGGACGAGGGCUGGUGCCGCAAGCACGGCGUGUGUGCCGAGGCGCUGCGCCUGGCGGGCACGGUGCGCGCCGAGCUGCUGGAGGUCAUGCGCCGCAUCGAGCUCCCGGUGUCGCCGCCCGCCUUCGGCUCCGACGCCAACGCCCUCAACAUCCAGCGGGCCCUCAUCUCCGGCUACUUCCUCAAGGUCGCCCGAGACAUCGACGGCUCCGGGAACUACGUGAUGCUGACGCACAAGCACGUGGCUCACCUGGCCCCGGCCUGCGGGUACCUGCUGCGGCCGCCCCCGCGCCGCCUGCCCCCCUGGGUGCUCUACCACGAGUUCACCAUCUCUCAGGACAACUGCCUGCGCGUGGUCUCGGAGAUCCAGCCCCAAAUGCUGGUGGAGUUGGCCCCGCAGUACUACCUGAGCAACCUGCCACCCAGCGAGGGCCGGGACCUGCUGAUGGAGCUGCGGGAGAAGGUGGUGGCAGCAGAGGAGGCGCCGGCAGAGCCGGAGCUGGCGGAGGCGGCCGGACGCGAGGAUGAGCACGGGGACGUCUGCGUCCUGCAGUGAGCCGGAGCAGCGGAGCCCCGCGGUGGGGCUGCCUGGGCUUGGCCGUGACCCUGGGGACAGGGGAGCCCCGGGGAGGCCCCAGGGGAGCUGUGUGGCUGCAGGGGCUGUCCCGGGUCCCAGGGAGGCGCGGGCACGGCCUGGCACUGCCUCAGCGCUGCGCCGCCGUCAGUCGUGGGCCAGCGGCCGUGGGACCACCCCGGCACCUCAGAGCGUGGAUUGGGGAGCGCUGGCCCCGGCCGGGGGAGUGUUGUGGGCCCUCCCCACUGGGCUCCUUCACCCCGUUUUUCCCGGGGGUGCUGCGGGGCUGGAGGCAUCACUUGUCCCGCUCCCCCAACGCCCGGGGCCGAGGGGCCACGCACGGGUCCCUCCUCCUGUAUAAAGUUUUGUGACCUUU